GUUCGAGCAUACAGUAUAGAACGAAGAUAUAUAAACUUCAAAAUAUGUUUUACUUUUGACAAGUACUGUGUCAAAAUGGUGAACUCUUCGAUAAAAGUUUACGCGAGACUUAAAAAGGAAAAUGGUAGAUACAACUCAGGAACCUACGAUAUACUCAAAAAGAAAAACGGCUUCGAUGAUAUAGUUUUCAACAGAGAUUCCUCGAACGUGAGUGUUGGAUCAUGUGGAUUUAGGUUUCACAAAAUAUUUGACCAGAAAUCGUGCCAGUCUGAAAUAUUUGAGACAGUUGCCGUACCAGUUAUCAACAGUGUGCUCGAGGGCUUUAACGGUACGAUUUUCGCCUACGGCCAGACUGGAAGCGGUAAGACGUUCACCAUUACUGGCUCGCCCAAGUGCUAUAAUGACAGGGGAAUCAUUCCGAGGUGUAUACAGUACGUAUUUCGAAGAAAUGAGAAGAUAUCAGAAAAACCCACGAUU